UGGGUGAAGAACCAUGGUGGAGCUGGAGAAGGAGGUGCUGCCGCUGCCGCCCAGGUACCGCUUUCGGGACCUGUUGCUCGGGGACUGGCAGGCUGACGACAGGGUGCAGGUGGAGUUCUACGUGAAUGAGAACACGUUCAAAGAGCGCCUCAAGCUGUUCUUCAUCAAGAAUCAAAGAUCCAGUUUGCGGGUGCGAAUGUUCAACUUUGCACUGAAAGUGCUGAGCUGCCUCCUCUACAUCGUCCGAGUGUUACUGGACAACCCGCAAGAAGAGAGGCCCGACUGCAUGGGUGGCGUCAACUGCACCAAACAGACCACGCCCGCCCGCCCCUGGAACGAGUUUGAUUGGAAGCUGAUCAUCUGGGUGGAUAGACCCCUGCCGCUGUGGGCCCUGCAGGUGCUGGUUGCUUUUAUCAGCUUCUCAGAAACAAUGUUGCUUGUGUAUCUCAGCUACAAGGGCAACGUUUGGGAGCAAGUGCUGCGUGUCCCCUUCAUUCUGGAGAUGAUCAGCGCCAUCCCCUUCAUGAUCACUGUGAUUUUGCCCUCCUUCAGAAACCUUUUCAUCCCCGUUUUCCUCAAUUGCUGGCUGGCCAAACACGCCUUGGAGAACAUGAUUAAUGAUCUUCACAGAGCCAUCCAGCGGACACACUCGGCCAUGUUUAACCAGGUGGUGAUACUCAUCAGCACGCUGGUGUGCCUCAUGUUUACAUGCAUUUGCGGCAUUCAGCACCUGGAGCGGGCGGGCAACAACCUCACCUUGUUCGACUCGCUCUACUUCUGCGUGGUCACCUUCUCCACCGUGGGCUUCGGUGACGUCACCCCCCAGAUCUGGCCCUCGCAGCUGCUGGUGGUCAUCAUGAUCUUUGUGGCGCUCAUCGUGCUGCCCAUACAGUUUGAGCAGCUGGCCUUCCUGUGGAUGGAGCGUCAGAAGUCCGGUGGGAACUACAGCCGCUACAGGGCGCAGACGGAGAAGCAUGUGGUGCUGUGCGUCAGCUGCCUCAAGAUCGACCUCCUCAUGGACUUCCUCAACGAGUUCUUUGCUCAUCCUCGCCUACAGGAUUACUACGUGGUGAUCCUAUGUCCAGCAGAGAUGGAUGUCCAGGUUAGAAGAGUCCUCCAUGUUCCUCUGUGGGCCCAGAGAGUCAUCUACCUGCAGGGUUCUGCCCUCAAAGACCAGGACCUGAUGAGGGCCAAGAUGGAUGACGCCGAGGCCUGCUUCAUCCUCAGUAACCGCUUCGAAGUGGACCGCAUCGCUGCUGAUCAUCAGACCAUCCUGCGGGCCUGGGCAGUGAAAGACUUUGCGCCCAACUGCCCCCUCUACGUGCAGAUCCUCAAGCCGGAGAACAAGUUCCACGUCAAAUUUGCGGAUCAUGUGGUGUGCGAGGAAGAGUUUAAGUACGCCAUGCUGGCUUUAAACUGCGUGUGUCCUGGUACUUCCACGCUCAUCACGCUGCUGAUUCACUCCUCCAGAGGACAAAAUGCACCCCAGGAGGCCUUUAAGCAACGUGGAGGAGCCUUUCAAGGCUUUAACAGGGAAGGCGGGGCCUGUGCUGCGGACCAAUGGCAUCGAACCUAUCGCCGGUGCUCAGCCAACGAGGUGCACCACAUCCGCCUGGAGGAGAGCAAGUUCUUCGGGGAGUACCAGGGCAAGAGUUUCACCUUCGCCUCCUUCCACGCUCACAAGAAGUAUGGAGUUUGUCUGAUCGGAGUACGCAGGCUGGACACCACCAACAUCCUGCUAAACCCGGGCCCCUGUCACAUCAUGGGGGCCUCUGACAUCUGCUUCUACAUAAACAUCUCCAAAGAGGAGAACUCUGCAUUUGUCCGGGGCCAGAGGGAGCCGUCAUGGGGCAGCGCUGGGGGCAACACCCGGGGGGUCCAGCAAACUAUUUACCACGGACUCACCCGCCUACCAGUGCACAGCAUCAUCGCCAGCAUGGGCACGGUGGCAAUCGACCUGCAGGAUUCCAGCGACAGCAGCCCAGAAGGUCCAGAGCCGGGGAGCGCGGGGCCCGGCAGCCGCAGCAGCUCCAGGACGGAGAUGAGCGGCCCCAACACUCUGGCCCUGCCUGCACUGGCGGACUCGGCCGAGGAGCGACGGCACAGCAUCGCGCCCGUCCUGGAGCUGGUGGACGGCGUCAGCAACCCCACUUUUGACCUCCUGGGAGACCAGUCGGAGGACGAGGGAGGAGAAGAGAGCAGAGACAAUGGCGACAAAGAUGAAAGCGCCCACUGGUGGGGAAGACACUGCGAGUGGGUGAAGGGCUACCCGCUCAACUCUCCUUACAUUGGUAGCUCUCCUGCCCUUUGCCACCUUCUGCAAGAAAAGAUGCCGUUUUGCUGCCUGCGCAUGGACAAGGCUUGUCACCACAUCCCGCUGGAGGACGCCCGCUCUUACGGCUUCAAGAACAAGCCGAUCAUUGUGUCCGCUGAAAGUGCGGGCAACGGCCUUUACAACUUCAUCGUGCCUCUGCGGGCUUACUACCGGCCCAGGAAGGAGCUGAACCCCAUCGUGCUGCUGCUGGAGAGCAUACCCGAGGCAGACUUCCUGGAGGCAAUCUGCUGGUUCCCGAUGGUUUUCUACACGGUGGGCUCCAUGGACAAUCUGGACAGUUUGCUGCGGUGUGGCGUGACCUUCGCCGACACCAUGGUGGUGGUUGACAAGGAGAGCUCCAUGAUCGCGGAGGAGGACUACAUGGCCGAUGCAAAGACCAUCGUCAACGUCCAGACCCUUUUCAGAUUGUUUCCAGCUCUGAGUAUUAUCACUGAGCUCACACAUCCUGCCAACAUGCGCUUCAUGCAGUUCAAAGUCAAAGACCACUACUCUCAAGCUCUGUCCAAGCUGGAAAAGAAGGAAAGGGAAAGAGGAUCCAACCUUGUGUUCAUGUUCCGUCUGCCAUUCGCUGCAGGCAAAGUGUUCAGCGUCAGCAUGCUGGACACGCUCCUUUACCAGUCCUUCGUCAAGGACUACAUGAUCUCCAUUACCAGGCUGCUCCUGGGUCUUGACUCCAUGCCGGGUUCAGGGUUCCUUUGUGCUAUGAAAAUCACAGAGGAAGACUUGUGGAUACGGACUUAUGGCAGGCUGUACCAGAAACUGUGCUCCUCCACAGGGGACAUUCCAAUCGGUAUCUACAGAACAGAAGCCCACAAGCUUCCUGUUUCAGAGUCCCAGGUAUCCAUCACAGUGGAAGACUACGAGGACACCCGAGAACCUAGAGAGCCCCUGCUGUCUCGAAGCGGCGCUCACCGAAACUCCACCUCCUCGGAGCCCAUCUCCACCUCGUCCCACUCUUCGGACCACCCGCUGCUUCGGAGGAAGAGCAUGCAGUGGGCGCGGCGGCUGAGUCGGAAGGGCGGCCGCAGCUCCGGCGGGGCCAAAGGCGGCGCAGGAAGCGCCGCCGAGAGGAUCAGCCAGCAGAGACUGACCCUGUUCCGGCGCUCAGAGAGGCAGGAACUGAAUGCCCUGGUGAGAACCAGGAUGAAGCAUUUGGGCCUCUCUUCCACUGGAUUCAACGGAAUGACGGACCAAGGCAACAGACUGUCUUACAUCCUUAUCAACCCUUCUCCAGACAUCAGGCUGGAGCUGCACGAUGUUGUGUACCUCAUCAGACCGGACCCCCUCUCUUUGGUGCCCAAUCAAGGCAGCGGCAGGAAGUGCAGCACGGGACUCACGGAGAGCCACAGGUUUGAUACCCAGGACAGCACACAUCUGUGAGACAGCAAGACAAAUAUGGUGUUUAAAAAAAAUAAGAGACCUAACAGGAACUCACGCUUGAGAAGGACACACAUGAAGGAAAAGUGAAGGAAUGCAUCCAGAUGGCAAAUCCUCCCACAGUCAGCCUUGUCGGACAUGCGUGGACCUUGUGGAGAAUAUGUUUUGUUUAUGCACCUUCCUAUUUUCCAAGCAUUGGCACACAGAAGUGCAUUUAAUAAAAAACGUCAGCAUCUACAGCAUGUUCUGAACUGCAUCACGUACACACACUGACUCAGGUAUUGGGACACACCGUGACCAUAGCCCACA